AUGUUGUUGUCAUCCACUUGCAUGUAUUCUCUACCAAGUACAUUCUCCACUAGCCCAGCUGUAAAGAUUAAGGAUCUGGUGCUGAAGCUUUCAGGGAAGAAAAUCAAAGAUGGCAACCCCAAGAGCAUCAAGUAUGACACCGUUUCUGAAGAGGUUACAUACGGCUACAUUGGUGGUGGAAGCGCAAGUUCAACCCCUGCUUUGGACUACAGAAACCCCAAUCAAUCCCCAAUUGGUAACACCACCCCUGGAGGGCGUCAACCUCAACCACCAGCUGGUAGUGUAGUGAUGGUGGACAUGACUGGAUCCAACAAGUGGAUAGCAAAGAUGGAGCCAGAUGCUCACAUCACCGUUGUGUCUAUUCCUACUGGGGGCAAUGAUCUCAAAAGGAUUCGCUUCUGGAUCAGGGAGCUUCAGAAUAUCCAGAAUUUAAAUCAACAUGUUUUCAACACUCCUGCAAGGUCGGAUGAUGAUGAGAACUCGGGAGAAUCUGAACAAGAUAUCCCAAUGGCUUCAAUGCUGAACAUGGAUUCGACUUCGGGGAAUUUCCAUGCACCCGCUGGGAAUAUGGGGUAUUUCCAUGGUGGGAUAUCAAGGGCUAACAACCCUACUGACAAUGAAAUGGAUAUAAAAUGCAGCCGGGAAAUUUUUGAUGCAGAUGCAGCCAAGGAUUGGUGGCUGCGCAACAGGGUUCGAGUUCAUGCUCAGUAUAUGUGA